CCCUUCUUGAUGCUGGAGUCAGCAGCAGCUAGGAAGAUGGCUGCUGCUGCGGAGGAGUAGUGAUGCUCCACAUCGGCGUGAGCGGAUGGUGUGGAUUAGAGCAUUUGUUUAGAAAGGUGAUUUAAUUCCGAUUUCGGUUCAGAUCUCCUGCAGUGAUGCAGGAAACAGAAGGGAGCAAUGUGCAUGGUCGAUUUUACUUCCUAGUACAAAACUGGAUACGGGAUUGUUUUUGUAGGUUGUAACCGGAUACUGACACCGCCGAGAUACACGGACUGCGCCUCUACGGCUGAACUCCUGCCGCUGACUUUUACUGGAUGUUGGCCGGAAAGUGGGGACACGGACGGAUGGCAAAUAUGAAAACACGAGUGAAAAUCCAGCCCGAUCACCCGAAACCGGUCGCUGCCCACAGAGACGCCCGCCUGCCACGCAGCUGCUCCCCGCCCUUGUCCGAGGGGAUCUCCCGGGCCAGCGGGCUUUGCUGCCUGCACCGACUUUGAGCUCCACUACCUCAGUCUAUAUCGUUUUAUUUUUCACUCAGAAAAGUGUCUGUUUUUGAAACUUUUCCCUGCAUCUGAGACUGCUUCAGAUCCCGACAAUAAAAGGCGCCCCAGUGCAUACCUCUUUCGUAAACAGAUAUAUACAUAUAUUUUUGUGCACAAGAUGUUUUCGGCGCUGAAGAAGCUGGUCGUCUCGGAAGCCGGUCAGCAAAGGGACAAGAACAUCCCUGCCGGCCUGCAGUCUAUGAACCAGAGCCUGCAGCGACGCUUCGCUAAGGGGGUUCAGUACAAUAUGAAGAUCGUCAUCCGUGGGGACAGGAACACUGGCAAGAGCACACUGUGGCACCGGCUGCAGGGGAGGAAGUUCCUGGAGGAAUACAUCCCAACACAGGAGAUCCAGGUCACCAGCAUCCACUGGAACUACAAAAGUGUGGGAUCCCAGAUAGCGACUGAUGACGUCGUCAAGGUAGAAGUGUGGGAUGUCGUAGACAAAGGACAGAAAUACCCUCUUCCUGAAGGUCUAGGAAAAGGAAAGAAGAAGGGGGACUCUCUGAAGCUGGAGAAUGAGCCGCAGGAGGCUGAGACGGAGCUGGCUCUGGAUGCCGAGUUCCUGGACGUGUACAAGAACUGCAACGGCGUCAUCAUGAUGUUUGACAUCACCAAGCAGUGGACGUUUAACUACAUCAUCCGGGAGCUACCCAAGGUGCCCAGCCAUGUGCCUGUGUGUGUGUUGGGCAACCAGCGUGACAUGGGCGAGCACCGCGUCAUCCUGCCCGAUGACAUCCGCGACUUUAUCGUGGGCCUCAACAGACCCCUCGGAUCGUCCUACAUCCACUACGCCGAGUCCUCCAUGAAGAACGGCUUUGGCCUGAAGUACCUGCACAGGUUCUUCAACAUCCCCUUCCUGCAGCUGCAGAGGGAGACGCUGCUACGGCAGCUGGAGACCAACCAGCUCGACAUUGAUGCCACUCUGGAGGAGCUGACUGUGCAGCAGGAGACUGAGGACCAGAACUACGACAUAUUUUUGGAGCGGAUGGAGAGCCGUGCCGCCAACGGACAGAGCCCCUCCUCCGGCUCGCAGUCGCCCAUCGUGCCCCCCAGUGCACCCUCCACGGCCACCCCCAGCCCAGGGACGCCCCAGGCCGGCGUUAACCCCCACAUCCUGCUGGCCUCCCCCCCCUGCGCUCCUCCCCCUCCCCUCGCCACGCCAGCCCCUGCCCCACAGACACAGCCUCCCGCCCAGUCACUGGAGCGCCCCCCGCAGCCGGCCACACCCCCGGGCCCUGCGGCCCAGGCCCCGCCCACUCAGAAGCGGGGCUUCAUCUCGCGACUCUUCGGGGCUGCCUCCACAGAGGGCCCCACAGCAGAUGCCCCGCCCCCCAAGCCGCAAGGGAACGUGCAGAGCGUGGACGACUUUGUGCCGGAUGACGGCCUGGACCGCAGCUUCCUGGAGGACAGCGGAACGGGAAAAGCGAAGGCCAAGCCGACAGCCACCGUGGACAGUGACAGCGACGGAGAGGGCAGAGGAGGGAACCCCCUAGUGGCUGGUUUCCAGGACGACCUGGACCCUGAUGACAAGGCCCCAUCCAGGCGCGGGCCCUCCGCCACCUCACAGAGCACGAAUGUCACUCUAUCCAGUGACGAGGAGGAGCCGCAUUUGAAAACCCCCGCCGCCCCUAUGGGGGAGGACGGCAAACGCCCCCCCAUCAACACAGUGAUUCAACCCAUCCAGACGAAGGAGGCGGAGAACAAGCUCCCUGCCACGUUGCCGGGGAAACGAGCUUCCCUGCCCACCGCUGCGACCUCCACGCGAUCCGCACGCCAUGGCAAGAAGAAAGGGGGCGCCGCCGAGAGCGACUCCUCCGACACGGACCCCGAGGCCCCCGUCGCCAAGCAGCUACUCUCCUUCGUCAUGGACGACCCGGAUUUCGAGAGCGAGGAAUCAGACACGCAGAAGAUAAAUAAGGACAUCUUCCCAGUGCGGGAUGACCCUUCUGACCUGUCAGAUGAGGAGCUGCUGCCUCAUAAAGUGACAGCCCCCCCUGAGUCUCUGAAGCCCGCAGUGGUGUCCUUCAAAAACAAGGACACCGCCGAUCUGUUUGGCCUGGGCCUGGAAGAGACGCCGGCCAGGGUCAGCAGCGACGAUCAAGAUGACAAAUUAGGCAAGCAAUCAUCAAAAGAGAAGAAGAAAAAGAAGAAAAGCAAGGAGGAGGAUGAAAAAGGUGGCAAGAAGCGGCACAAACACAAGAAGAAGGUGAAAGAGGAGACGGGGACAGCGGCUGAGAAGGAGAAAGAGAGGGAGAAAGAAAAGGAGAAAGAGAAGGAGAAGAAGAAGAAGCCGAAGACAAAGAAGACCACGGACGUGGACGACCUGGAGGCCUUCCUGGCCGGGGUGGAGGGGCCCGUCAAGUCCGGAGGCGGAGACUAUGAGGAGCUGUAGGACUGCGCCCCCUGAGCAAGGCUGGAGGUGUGUGACAGUCAGCUUUCCAUCACCGACCCGCUGCGAAUCGUCCACCAAUGUAAUGCUGCCCUAAGUUACACUUAAUUUCUCAGCAUGGUACCUGUGAGUCUUUUUAUUUUAUUUUAUUUUAUUGAAAUUAUAACCACUCCCCCCAUUGAUAAUACUUCCACAUAUGACAUUCCAAUAAAAAAUGGUUUGAUUCAACAGAAACUGAGCAGAUUAAAGCACCGUCUGAUUGUAAGAAGCGACUGCUCCUUUCCACUUUCAGUAACGUCUUCCUGUCUUUUUUUUUUUUUUUUUUUUUGUCUGAUGCAAGGCUUUAGAGCAUGACAGUUCAACAGCCGUUCUACCGUCCGUCACCAUAGAUACACGCCGCACCGAUUAUCAGCUGUUUGUCAAGGUUGCUCUGUUACUUCCUAAUGAAGGUGAAAUGUGAAAAUUUCAGUUUUGCACGUGACGGUAUUCCGUUGGCAUGGUCCUGCAAAGACGGCCGGCGCGUCCUUUCAGAACGGGGUCGAGGACACAAGUCAGGAUCCAAACGGGACAGGGCCUAAGGGCGGCCGGGGCUCCGUCAUACGGUUCUGCAAGCUCAGCGCUGCCCCUGAGGUAACUCACUGCCUUAAUGUUUCGAUACACCCCCCACCCCAGCUUUCUGAGGUGGAGACUCAAAGGUCAAACCGAGCUGUCCCCGGACAGGAUGCCUUUGGUAGUUGAAGCCCAUUUCCUUGCAAACUGUUACCCUUUUGCCGUACGCAGGAAUGUUGCCCCAAGUGCAUGCUGGCUAUGCUUUCUUCAAAGAUGCUGAAUGCUUUAAAAAAAAAUGUUUUUCUUUUUCUUUUUUUGCAAUACAAAACAUCUAAGGGUUUCUGUGCAAUUUUUUUUGAUUUGCUGGUCUUCAUUUUGACUCCACAGUAUUUAAAGCUGUUACUUUUUCAUUUUUCUAUGUGUAUUGUUGUUGUUUGUCUGAAUUAACCAUCUGACUGUACUAUUUUAGAGCAGAGACUUUAUCUGGGGCUAAGUGAGAGUGGCAGCUACGGAAGGUUCUGGAAUCUCCAGCAGCCUCCUGACCCCCAGAUUUUUGCUGUUACAGCAACUCGUAUGUGUCUCCCUGCCUUUGUUGUGUUUGUCUGACGGUGUUAAAAUUACCCCACUGAAGCAGUGAGUGGUCACUUUGGAAAUACAGAGAUGCUAUUUUAAAAGAUGUACUUAUUUUGAGGUGGGUGAAAUAUUUGUCACAACUUACCGUUCGGAUAUUGUGUUGAAAAAUACAUCGAAAAUCUGUAUUAAGUUUUACACACAGAUUUAUUUGAGACAUGUAUUUUUCAUGUUUGCGAUGUCUGGGGUAUUGAAUUUGUAAUAUUUGUUUGUGUACAUACACAUUUUUCCCAUAGGGGAGCUGAAAGUGUUAGUGUGAAAUAUCAUUUAGGGCAUAGAUAAACGUGGAUCAAAAUCAUUUAGGAGAAUCUUGCUUCGGGAAGGUUUUAUUUUGUGGUUGUUAGUUUAGGGAACAUAAAUCCAUCAAACAAAUUCUCCGUUAAUUAACCAGAAGGAUUGUUGUUCCAUGGCCUUCCCACUUGAAAAAUUUAUUCUUUCUAUAAGUUAUAAAAGAACGGUUAACUGAUGGCUUCCUUUGCACUUGAAAUUCCUGGCGCCUUCGUAGUAUUUGGAUUUUGAUAUUUUCUCGCAAAAUCGUGGGGGAUACUGCUUAUUUUCAAAUUACGCUGAAGGUGGGAUUAGAACUUCGAAUAUGUUUAGGGAUUUCACUGUGACGUCGGUAAUCAGUUGCUAUCGAUAAAAAACAAUUUCCUCUUAUUUUAAUACUGUAUGUCUGGAAUGUUUUUAUCGACAACGAAUUGUUAGACACGAAUGCAGGCGGGAUUGGUUCAUUCUUCGGGUCCAGGAUCAGAACCGACCUACUCGCCCACGUGGGUUGCGCUAAUCGCGCUUUGUGCGCAUGUGCGCUCAGCCUUGUGAACCACGUUCAGGACUUAUCAUGUGCAAUUGCUCAAUUAUUUAUAAGCCCGUUAUAACAAUGGUUAAAAAUAUAAAAUAAUGUGUUUGCUAAUGCAUUAUUUGUAAAUAAGGAAUGCUACUUUUUCUGGAUGUUCAUUCGGUUUUAUGUUAAAGUUAAUUUCGAUCAAUAAAAUUUAUUUUGGCAGUGUGUUUAAAUCUGAGGCGCGAUCGAUGUACAGUUCACAUUAUUUGCAACAAAGUUUAAACUUUGCAUAGACUAUGCAUUGAUAUGAACGAGCAGCAGGUAAGGCAGUCGAUACAUGUUAAAUACUAUUUGUUUUUCCAUUUGCGGCGUAUGGGUUGUACAUACAAGUAUAAAAAGGUGGAAAAUAAGUCUAUUCAUAUGUAAUACUUUUAUUCCUAUGAAAUGCUUCCAUCUGCAUAGCUUGUGUAGAUCUUUGUUCACGUUGUGGAAUAAAUGCAAACAUUUUCUUCUUA